ACUUGGGCUAAGGCUCCACAUCGAAGUCAAUCCAAAUCGAGUUCAAAAUAUCGAUAUUUUUCCCCAGUCUUAGUUAGAUGUAGUAUUUUUGUAAUGCGAGUAAAUUUACGUUUGUUUAACAUAUCAAAAUUAAAAGAUACUAUUAAAUAUGGCUUUGGCGAAUAUUUUACUAUUGAGCCAAAUAGCGGGUCAUGUUAUAUUGGUUAUAUUAUCAUUGUGCAUGAUGGUUCCACUAGUGGUCAUUGUCUUUUGUUUACGACGGGUAAAUGGCGUGAAGAAGACGGUAUGUUUGAAGUGAAAUGGGCGUCGACAGGAUUCUGCAACUUUCCAUUUUUUACUGCAAUUUUCUUGUUCUUAGUGUCCACCCUACAAAUAUAUCGAUAUUCUAGAAUGAAAGAUGAAGCUUCAUUCCUUUCUUUAUUCGUCGACGUUGUGGUAGGAAUUUGGAUGUUAUCCUUCUCCAUUCUCUCAGCAGUUAUGAUAACUUUGGGAUUCAUUGUUUGGUGUGAAGGUAUGACAGAGCGAUUUCCCUCAUGUGAAACUGCAGCUGGACAAAAUAUUAUACACGGGGAUCAAGAACACAUAAACACUUCUGGUUUCUACAUGGAAAUGGGUACAGCACAGUUUGGUGCUUGGGGCUCAUUUGCGGUAACAGUUGGAAUCGGUGUAAUAGCUCUGCUUAAGCUCAUUCAAAAUCAUCAGGUGCGCAACAUUAAGGUUUCCAUGUAUUUGGAGCGCCAACGGUUGGUAAAUCAGCACCAAUCAGCUUGCCAACCACCCCCUACACUAGUAAAAGAAAUAAGUCAAAAGUAGUUAUAUCAUAUGGUAACUUUAGAUCAUCAUUAAACUUGUAUUAAGCUAUAAUAUAUAUAUAUAUAUAUCGUUUUGCUUGAAUUGUGUAUAUAUUAUUGUUAUUAUUUCAAAUAUUGUCUAACACACUGUUUAGUUCUAAGAUACUCGAAUAGUCAAUAUAAUUCCAAUUUAAUAUUGUGGGGACAAUAAAUUUGCCACACACACAUAUAUUUUAAACAAUAUAAACAUUAUUAUACACAAGCUAAUGG